AUGGCCGACCACACCCACCCGGAGCAUCCCACCGCCCUCAUCCCCGAUCUCCUCAAGCUCUUCUACUCGCUGGGCUGGGUCACCGGCACUGGUGGCGGCCUUUCUGUCAAGCAUGACGGCAAGGUGUACAUCGCGCCGUCGGGCGUGCAGAAGGAGCGCGUACAGUCGGACGACAUGUUCAUCUACGGCGAGGACGAGCAGCUGAUCGAGGCGCCCUGCAAGAAGCACCUCCGACCGUCGGCCUGCACCCCUCUCUUCUUCAACGCCUACCGCGUGGGUGCCGGCGCCGUCAUUCACACGCACUCGAUGCACGCUAUGCUGGUGACGCUGCUCUACGACAAGGAGUUCAGGAUCACGCACAUGGAAAUGAUCAAGGGCAUCAAGGGCCUGGGCUACCACGACGAGCUGGUGGUGCCCAUCAUUGAGAACACGGCCCACGAGGCCGACCUCAAGGAGAGCAUGGACCAGGCGAUCAAGGCCUACCCCAAGGCCACUGCCGUCCUUGUGCGCCGCCACGGCGUCUACAUCUGGGGUGACACUUGGGAGCACGCCAAGACCCAGGCCGAGUGCUACGACUAUCUGUUUGAGGCAGCCAUCAAGAUGAAGCAGCUUGGCCUUGACCCAACUCAGAAGCCCACCACCCCCAGCUCGUGA